CGGGACAGGCGGGAUUCACCCACACUACUCGUCGUCGCGCCGCGCGGUGCACACCUCGCCCUCCGCCAUGGAUAUCGACAUGGACAAGUACCACGCCGAGCUGUACCGGCGGCAGCGGCGGGUGAAGCAGGGCCGCGAGGCCCGCCGCGACGCCGGCGUGUACGACGCGCUGCCCUCCGUGCCCGCGCUGUUCCGCCACAAGGACGUCCUCAUCACGGGCGCCUCGGGCUUCCUGGGCCGCGUGCUCGUCGAGAAGCUGCUGCGCUGCUGCCCCGACCUGGGCACCGUGUACAUGCUGCUGCGGCCCAAGAAGGGCGUGGCGCCCGCGGACCGCGUCAACGCCAUCGUCGACGUGCCGCUGUUCGAGCAGGUGCGUCGAGAGCACCCCGCGGCGCUGGGCAAGCUGGUGCCGGUGGCGGGCGACUGCUCCGAGCUGGGCCUGGGCCUGAGCGCCGAGGACCGCGGCCUGCUGCAGCGCCGCGUCGCCUUCGUGUUCCACGGCGCGGCGUCCGUGCGCUUCGACGACCCGCUGCAGAAGGCCGUGCUGCUCAACACGCGCGGCUCCAGGGAGCUGGUGGAGCUGUGCCGCGGCAUGGAGCGGCUCGAGGCUCUUGUCCACGUCUCCACGGCGUACACCAACUCCAACCAGUGGCCCAUCGAGGAGAGGCUGUACCCGACGGAGCUGGACUGGAGGGACGCCAUCCACAUCGCGUCCAACCCCUCCAUCGCCGGAGUCUUGGACAAACUCGGGCACAAGUUUUUGGGCUUCCACCCCAACACGUACACCUUCAGCAAGGCCCUGUCCGAGCAGGUCAUGGGGGAGGCGGCCGCCUCCUUGCCCGUCAUCAUCGUCAGACCGGCGAUCGUGGUCGGCGCGGUGAACGAGCCGCUGGCAGGAUGGCUGGACAACGUCAACAGCCCGGCGGCCAUGUGGAUGGCCGUGAACAAGGGCGUGCUGCGGGCCUGCGAGCUGUACCAUCCAGACUCCCUGCAGGACUACGUGCCCGUCGACUUGGUGACCAAGGCCACCAUCCUGGCGGCGUGGGCCAGGGCCACCGAGCAGGACCUCGACACUGGCGACGGCGCCGUCCCCGUGGUGAACGUGGCCAUCACCGACGUGCACCCCGUGACGGGCAAGAUGAUGCUCGACAUCUUCAGAGGCAGCGGCAGACAGGACGCGCCCUACAGCAACGCCAUCCGCUACCCUUGUCUCUUCACCUACCGGAUCCCCUUCGUCAUCCAGAUCUACAACUUCUUCUACCACCUCCUGUUCGGCGCAACCGUGGACCUCGUGCUCAGGCUGGCCAAUCAGAAACCGAUGCUCAUGAAGGUGUAUCGGAGAAUCGAGCUUACCACCAGAGCUUUGUCUCCUUUUACGCGGCGGCAUUUUAAAUUUGACACUCACAAAUUUUGGAAACUCCAGUUGGUAAUGCAUCCCGAUGACGAAGUUAGAUUCGACUAUGGCAUCGACAAAUUUCACCCUGUCGUCGACGGCGCGAAUCAGGUUGAGGGAAUCCUGAGGUACGCCUUGGGAGAGGAGUUCGACCGGGAAAAAGGCCUUCGUCACAUCAACAGAUUGUUUUGGCUUGAGGCGGCGUUCUAUGGUUUACUGGUUGCAGUUCUGCUGUAUUACUUCCAGCCAUUUUCACAUCUAUGGUAAUAAGGAAGGAUUGAAUGUAAGAAGAACUAUGUCACGGCGAGGCCUUAUAUAGGUUGAGUCUGUAAGGAGUAAAAGUCAAGUGAAAUGGACUAUUGGA